AUGUCCGGGUCUGAUUCCCAGAAAAACACGCACUUCAGGCUGUUCCUGCAGAUUGUGUAUACCGUCAUCAGUAAAUCAUUUGAACUGCUGCUAGAGAUAAAACCGAGAGACCUGAUCGAGCGUCAAGAUGCUGAAAAGUAUCUUCUGUUGGGUGGGACUGUGGGAGUUGUGGUGAUGGAGGCCUGUGGGCGUCGUCUCGGCCCCCCGCCCCCCUGCCCCCCAGCGGCGGCCCCCCUUGCCACACCCGCCACAGUGUCCCGUAAGAGGCGAUGGCCCGAGGGCAGCCGCCCCACUCUGCCCGCGUUCCGCGAGUAUAAGAGCCCGCAGCGACCACCCUCAGCUACACACAAGUCUUCACAGCUUCAUCCGUCCGCAGCUCUGCAGCAACAAAACCUACCCGCCAACAUGAAAGUUCUGGCUAUUGUCUUCCUCGCCCUCGCCGUAGUUGCCUACGCCGAAGAGGCCGCUGAGAAGAAGGAGGCCGCCCCCGAGGCAGUCGCCGAAGAGAAGAAGCAGGAGAAGCGCGGUCUCCUGGGUCUGGGCUACGGCGCCGCCCCCGCCAUCGGCUACGCCGCCCACGGCAUCGGCUACGCCGCCCCCGCUGUGAGCUACGCCGCCCCCGCCGUGAGCUACGCUGCCCCCGCCUACGCCGCAUACGCCGCCCCCGCCGUCGCUAAGGUCGCCGCCCCCGCCGUGGCCUACGCCGCCCCCGCUGUCGCCAGGGUUGCCGCUCCCGUCGCCAGGGUGUCCUACGCCGCCCCCGCCGUCAGCUACGCCGCCCCCGCCGUGAGCUACGCAGCUCCCGCUUACGCCGCCUACGCCGCCCCUGCCGUCGCUAAGGUCGCCGCCCCCGCCGUGGCCUACGCCGCCCCUGCCGUGGCUGCCGCCCCUGCCGUGGCCUACGCCGCCCCCGCCGUGGCUAAGGUCGCCGCCCCCGCUUUGGCCUACGCCGCCGCCCCCGCCGUGAGCUACGCCGCCCCCGCUUACGCCGCGUACGCCGCCCCCGCCAUCGCUAAGGUGGCCGCCGCCCCCGCCCUCUCCUACGCCGCCUACGGCUACGGACACGGUCUGGCUUACCACUAAAUGCAUCACCAAGAACAGGAUGUGCCACUUCACAGUUCAGAAUCCGCAGUGCUGUUGGCAAACCGGAUGGAGCCACGACGCUGCCGCCACGGAGUGAACUCUCCACCAAACUCUUCCUUCACUUCUCACCAGUCGUCGUCAACAACUCUCUUCCAUCAACUAAUUUAUUGAUUCCAUCGCUGCGCCCAAUGAAUAACAGUCACUCACUGUUGUGCACGCUUCUUCAAACCCCGUCGGUGGUCUUGCGACCUUCGACGCGAUCUUUUUUCUAGGAAUAAACAAUAUAAAAAUAUA